AUGUUUUUAAAACAAAUCGACCUUACAACCGCCCUCAGGCCAUCCUAUCUUCCCGACGAAGUGCUUCUCUUUGUCCAGGACAACGUGGGCCUCUAUGAGGGGAAAUACAAAUUACCAAACCAGCAGAAUGGACAGGUCUACCUGACCUCGCAUCGAAUAUGCUACGUUGACAAGCAGGAGCCUCGAAAGCAUUCCGUCGCCCUAGACCUGAAAGAUGUAGAGAGAUAUGAAUUCUACGCAGGGUUUCUGAAGUCGUCGGCGAAAGUAACCCUCAUCCCCAAGCCUGCUAAACGGGGAUCGCUUCAGUCUAGAGCGGCCGCCGCGACUUCAACCGUCUCUCGUACCAACGGCGCGUCUCCCUUGUCGAAGCCCGAUUCGGCAUUCCGGUCCUCAUCCGCCAGCUCGGCACAGGCCGGUUUAGCGACAUGGAUCUGUACAAUAUGUAGUUUCCCGAACCCCGUUCCAUCCAAUUUUGACCCCACGACCGCCAAUGCGCACACGCCGUUGCCUUCAUGCCUGGCGUGCGGCAUCAGGCCGGAAUUGACUCAUGUGCUAAAGGCUGCUAUAUCGAACGUCGCGAGUAGACAGGUAGCCGCCUCCGGGUCUACACCUCAGUCACCGUUUCUAGUUCCUUCUCAGGUGCAGAGUCUAGGUCUAGGGUCUGACGGUCUAGAAACGGGCUCUGCAACCGCGGGACUAGGCACUGGCUCAACAAGCACUGACGGAUUCCAAUGCCCGCGCUGCACCUUUCUCAAUCACCCCUCUCUCCUCUCCUGCGAGAUUUGCGGUGCGCCCCUUAUAUCCCAUGAUGUCCCCAUCCAAGUGGCGCAGAGCGAGCCACGGACGGACUCCCCGGGACCCAUGCUCAAUCUCGCCAAUGUUGCAGGCUUAGAGAACCCUGAAAGUGUCAAGGUUUCGUUCAGGAACGGAGGCGAGAAGAUAUUCUACGAGCGACUCAAGAGCUCCAUGACCCAACGUAAAUGGCUGUUACAAGAAGCGCCCCCGGUACCCAAAAUUAAGGCAGGCGCCGACGACCCUCGAAGAGACUCGCUAUUGAAGCCGGGAUCAGGUUCGGUGAGAAAAAAGACAGCCGGAAUCGCAGGGCUAGAGCAGAUGGGCCUCGAUCGACGUAAAAAUAACGAACUGGUGAUCGGGAGCGCUUUCGAGGAUCUAGAGGCUCUGAUGGCAUCGGCUAAAGAAAUCGUAGCGCUUGCAGAGUCCUUCUCACGACAAGUGAACGGCGGCUCUGAGAAGGCGACUUCCGAAGCCAAUGCCUUGCUUGCCGAGUCUGCGAGCCAGCUGGGACUUGUGACCACGAAGGACAUCGUCGGCGGCGGAAGCAGCUCGGGAUCAGAGAGCCUUUAUUUAUCCGAACUAUCUAGAAACCUGGCGGAGUUCCUGACCGACGACGCGAGAGGCGUGCUCAGGAAAGCUGGCGGUAUCAUCAGCUUAGUCGAUCUGUGGGCUAUGUUUAACCGCGCUCGCGGGGGUGUUGAACUCGUUAGUCCUAACGAUUUCGAGAAGGCCGCUCGCCUAUGGGGCAAACUGAAACUACCAGUACGACUACGCACAUUCAAGAGUGGCGUGAUGGUGGUCCAGAGUCGUGAUCGAACAGAUGGGACUACAAUCAAAGCCUUGCUGGCCUGGCUUCGCGAUUUACAUGACAUCCCUCCGGAUAGAGAAGUGUCGUGGGACUGGCAAGAAUUUGGACGUGGCGUGACGGCACAGGAUGCUGCCGAGCGAUUUGGAUGGAGCAUCGGCGUCGCGGAAGAAGAACUCGAAAUGGCAGAAGAGAGGGGCGCUCUCUGCCGCGAGGAAGGCAUAGAAGGACUCAAGUUUUGGGAAAACUACAUCGAUACAGGGGAAUACCGAAAUCGACGACGGCCGCCCACUGACGCAGACAAAAUUGUCGAGGCUUUGAACGCGGUUGGCCUUCUUUAGAGCAUAAUAGAAAGUGAUAUUUCCUGUUUCGUGACGCAUACCCUGCUUACUACUAAAAUUUGGCUGAUCUAUUAAAGCAGAAUUCGCCAACUCCAGCCUUCGAAUUCGUCUGAGACUGUUGCUCUGAAUCGGGCACCUUGCGUAACCGUAAAUUUCGGGCGU